UUUCCAUCAUAAUAGGAAUACCAACAAUAAAACGGGAGAUAGAGAGUUACAUUAUACCAACGCUUCGCUCGCUCCUUGACGGAUUGUCACCGGAGGAGAAACUUGACUGUCUAAUCGUAGUUUUCAUUGCAGAGUUGGAUAUUACUUAUGUGAAGUCACAGUCAGAUGAAAUAAAAGACACGUUUCCAAGAGAAAUUGAAAGUGGGUUACUAGAAGUCAUAUCACCACCAGCAUCCUACUACCCGGAUUUAGAUAACUUAAAGGAAACAUUUGGUGAUUCUAAAGAAAGAGUAAAAUGGAGGACAAAACAGAAUCUUGAUUUUUCAUUUUUGAUGAUGUAUUGUCAACCAAAAGCUACUUUCUAUGUGCAGCUUGAAGAUGACAUAAUAGCCAAACCUGGGUAUAUCACUACAAUGAAAAACUUUGCCCAGCAGCAGAAGUCCGACGACUGGGUGUUGUUAGAAUUCUCUUCGUUAGGGUUUAUAGGAAAAUUAUUCAAAAGUAGUGACUUGGGGUUGGUUGUGGAGUUCUUCUUAAUGUUUCAUAAGGAAAAACCAAUAGACUGGCUUCUAGACCAUAUAUUGUAUGUUAAGGUGUGCAACCCAGAGAAAGAUAAUAAACACUGCACAAGACAGAAAGCGCAACUUCGUAUUCGAUUUAAACCGUCGCUGUAUCAGCACGUUGGGACGCAUUCCUCCUUAAAAGGCAAGCUACAGAAGCUUAAGGACAAGGACUUUGGGAAGGGUAAACUGCCGAACCAGAAUCUGAACCCCCCAGCCGAGGUUUCAACAACCAUUAAGCCUUAUCAGAAGUACACCUUGGAUAAAGCAUACAAAGGCGAAGAUAUAUUCUGGGGUAUACUUCCCAAAGCUGGGUCUGUUGUUAGAUUCAUCUUCAACCCACCUAUCAAAAUUCAAAGUUAUCGUUUUAUAAGUGGGAAUGCGGACCAUCCUGGGGAUAUAUUUACCAAUACUACUGUUGAAGUUAUGCCAAGUUAUCAGCAGCAGAAGAAAGAAGGUUUACUAGAAACCAAUGAAGAUUCUAAAUUAAAACAUACAAAAGAUGGGUAUAUUCAGAUAGGUACUUUCAAAGAUGGUAAAAUUAUGGGAGAAAUGGAUAAAAAGAUUGAUAAAGUUCAAGAAAUCCAACUAAGAGUACAAAGCAAUGCAAAAGCAUGGGUCAUCUUAAGUGAUAUACGCAUAGUACAGGCAAAGAAGAGGUGACCUAAGCCGAUGGAAGGUGACCUAGGCCAUUUUUGUCUAGAGUAUAGGAUAUAUAUUUCCAUUCCAGUUGUAAUUUCAUCUUUAAAAAUAUAAUGUAUAUAAUAACAAAUUAAUUUUUUUCCUAAUAAAUUAUAGUGUAAUCAUGAUCAAUGCUUCAACAUUUUUAUAAAAUGUUUGCAGCUAUGCUUGAAGGUAAAUGGUGUUGGAAUUAAGACAUGAUUAAUAGUGGAGUUGGGGUUGGUAUUUUUGGUAUUUUUUUUAUCUAAUAUAAUAGGAAAUUUUAAACAAUAUUUAUCAAAUUGAAAUUGCAACAUAAUCUAUCUUGGUUAAAAAUGACAGUCUCACAUUUAAUCCAGUGAGCAACAUGCAUUAUGUUACAUGCACAGUCUAAUCCAAUGAGCAGCAUGCAUUAUGUCACAUGCACAAUUUAAUCCAAUGAGCAAUGUGCAUUAUGUCACAUGCACAAUUUGAUCCAAUAAGCAAUGUGCAUUAUGUCACAUGUACAAAUACAUCCCAUGAGCAAUGUAUGCACAAUCUAAUACAAUGAGCAACGCGCAUUAUGUCACAUGUACAGUCUAAUACAAUGAGCAACGCGCAUUGUCACAUGCACAGUCUAAUCCAAUGAACGACGUGCAUUGUCACAUGCACAAUUUUAAUUCAAUGAGCAACAUGCUUCAUGUGACAUGCACAAUUUUAUCCAAUGAUCACUGUCCAUGUUGAAUGUAUGAAUAACAAAAAAGAUAUCUGAACAUAUUGAGAUUGUCAUUUUAAGUAUUAAAUUUCAUUAAGGAAUUGUGAUUUGUUAUAUUCUUUUUUAAUAAUAAAAAAUAGAAUCAUCUCAUAUUCAACAGCUUACUGUUGGUAAAAAAUUAUUGUACAGAAUUAGCACAGCAUAUAGAUAGGAGAAAUAUUAUGUAAUUGAAUGUUGGUAUUAAUGUAAGGAAAAUCCAAGAAUUUUAUCUAUGUCCAUAUUUUUUUUUUUGGCAAGAUGAUAUUUUGAUAUGACAUCAUCAUACCCAUAUAUGGGAAAACUUGCCAUAUAUUUGUCUCUUAAAACAUUUGCUUCAUCUGCAGUAAACCAAAGAAAUAAACUUGUAAACUUUUACAGCGACUAAAUCCGGGUAGUCACUGUGCCCAACGGUUGUCAGCCGACAGGAUUCUAUGCAGAACGCAACACCAAGACUCUCGCGCAACUGAUGGUUUUUAAUGACGAUCCGUCCAGACUGCCACCGAAAAUCAACAGAUGGCAUCACGUUGCCUGGCGCUUACAGAGAGGGAGUUAGUUUGUCAUUCGAUUGACGCAUGACGCAGUGAAUGCCUGGGUUUAGCUGCUUGAGUACUUAAUAUUAAUUUGUUGAAUAAUUUCAGUGUUAAUUUUGUUAGAUUAUAAUUGUACAUUUCUGUCUUUGAUCACAACACAAAUGUGUACAUUUACACUUACAAUAAGUGUAUUAUUUAUCAGCAUUUUGAUCUAAAAAUUAAAUCUUUAUGUUUAAACACAGGUUAUUGGGAAUAAAGAUGAACAGAGCAAAUACUAUAUUAACAGCAUAGAAAGUAAUAGAAUUGGUAUAAGAUCUAAAGUCCUUUUCAGACUCAAAACAUGUGACAUGCUUAAGUAUGGUCAGAAUAACAUCACAUCAUGACUAUAUAUGGGCACAUCAUCACUAUAUAUGGGCAUACAACAGUUCUGGAACAGGACUUUAGAUUAAUCAUGAAACUGUGCCUGGUAGAUGAGUUAUCAGGGGAAAAUCUAGAUUAUGUUUUGUUUUAGCAAAAUGACUACACAAGAAUAUAGUACAUGUUUUGAGUGGGAAAACCCAAUUUUAGGUAUUUAUUCAUUUCAUUCAUGUUCCAAAAAAGCAAUCAAGAAUCACCUUAUUUAGCAAUAACUGUUUUAAGUGAAAUUAUACAAAAUAAUUGUU